UCUGAAAAUUAUCCCCACGUGACCCAACCUUUAUUUCAAAUCCUCUCAAAAGCCGAUUUUUUAAAGUUUUGAAAUUUCAUCAAAUCAUCGCUCGAAUCAACACCAUCAUGACAAAGAAAUUUUGGAAAUGUCGAAGGAAAAGGCGAUUCUCACUCUCUUGCAAGGCUGCAACAGCCUCAAGAGGCUUCGAAAGAUCCACGCACAUGUUAUUGUAAGCGGCCUCCACCAUCAUGUCGCCAUUGCCAACAAGCUUUUGAACUUCUGUGCCAUCUCUGUUUCAGGUUCCCUUGCUUAUGCCCAGCUUCUCUUCCAUCAAACGGAGUUCCCACAAACCGAAGCCUGGAACUCCAUCAUCAGAGGCUUUGCCCAAAGCUCAUCUCCCAUUGACGCCAUUGUUUUCUACAAUCAAAUGGUUUGGGACUCUUUUUCUAUGCGUGACACAUUUACUUUCUCAUUUGUGCUCAAAGCCUGUGAAAGAAUCAAGGCUGAGCGUAAGUGUAAAGAAGUUCAUGGCACGGUAAUUCGUUGUGGUUAUGAUGCAGACGUGAUUGUCUGCACCAAUCUUGUCAAAUGUUAUUCAGCGAUGGGGUCAGUUUAUAUUGCCCGACAGGUGUUUGACAAAAUGCCUGCAAGAGAUCUAGUGGCUUGGAAUGCAAUGAUAUCUUGCUUUUCUCAACAGGGUUUGCACCAGGAGGCACUGCAGACAUACAAUCAGAUGAGAAGUGAAAAUGUGGAUAUAGAUGGGUUUACACUUGUUGGGUUGAUUUCGUCUUGUGCCCAUCUUGGAGCGUUGAAUAUUGGAGUUCAGAUGCAUAGAUUUGCUCGUGAAAACGGUCUUGACCAGAGUCUUUAUGUUGGAAAUGCGUUGAUAGAUAUGUAUGCUAAGUGUGGUAGUUUAGAUCAGGCCAUUCUUAUCUUUGAUAGAAUGCAGAGGAAGGACAUUUUCACUUGGAACUCGAUGAUUGUUGGGUAUGGAGUGCAUGGUCGAGGUAGUGAAGCUAUAUAUUGCUUUCAACAGAUGUUAGAAGCAAGAAUACAACCAAACUCUAUCACAUUUUUGGGUUUACUUUGUGGAUGUAGUCAUCAAGGUUUGGUUCAAGAAGGUGUUAAAUACUUCAAUUUGAUGAGCUCCAAGUUUAGGCUAAGACCUGAGGUCAAACACUAUGGAUGCCUUGUGGAUUUAUAUGGUCGAGCUGGAAAGCUUGAGAAGGCACUUGAAAUUGUAUCGAAUUCAUCACACAAUGAUUCAGUUUUGUGGCGAACCUUACUUGGGUCUUGCAAGAUUCACAAAAAUGUGACAAUAGGAGAAAUUGCCAUGAAUAGAUUGUUUGAGCUUGGAGCUACGAGUGCAGGGGAUUGUAUAUUGCUAGCUACAAUCUAUGCUGGAGAAAACGAUAAAGCUGGUGUUUCAAGAAUGAGAAAAAUGAUUAAGAGCCAAGGGAUAAAGACUACCCCAGGUUGGAGUUGGAUCGAAAUUGGGGAACAAGUUCAUAAGUUUGUGGUUGACGAUAAGUCCAAUCGUUAUUCCAUUGAAGUGUAUGAGAAGUUGAGGGAAGUUAUUUAUCAAGCCUCCUUUUUUGGAUAUGUAGGAGAUGAGUCUGUUUCGUCACUUGAUGUGCUUUCCACCAUAGAAACUUUAAAGACGUCCUGUACAUAUCAUAGUGAGAAACUUGCAAUUGCAUUUGGAUUGGCAAGAACCGCAGAUGGGACACAGAUACGUAUUGUUAAAAACCUUCGAGUUUGCAGAGAUUGUCAUUCAUUCAUAAAAGCUGUUUCGGUGGCAUUCAACCGAGAAAUAAUUGUUAGAGAUCGGGUUCGGUUCCACCAUUUCAAGGGUGGCAAAUGUUCUUGCAAUGACUACUGGUGAAAAGUGAAUAAUGUACUUUCAAUUCUGUCCGUUUCAAGUGUACAGAGGUUCCUCUCAAUGUAACAGAAUUUUGGCUCUUUUAGUGCCUCAAGCUCAAGAAGGAUAGUUUAUAAGUUGAAAUAAAAUUAUGAGCUUUCACGGGUGAUGGCGAGAUGAAUAAUUAUGGUUCGACAACUUGUUCAGAUGAAGACAAAAGAUGCAUCAAGAGUGAAGAAACGGAUUACAGCAAUGGGUUUGGUGUGGCAAUAUGGAGAGAAAUCUGGUAAUGAAUCUUGGAAAGGACUUUCUUGGGGAGUGGUAAGUUCCUUUUCUUUGUCUCUAACUGCUUUCUCAUCUAUCUUAUAGAUAGGAGUUUCCUUUUCUAUGAAUAUCAAAGAAUCCCGUCCACUUCUAUAGGUAAUAAUUCAAGUAAAAAUUACAAUGGAAUGCUCUAUUUAGAGUGGAAAAAGAGGAAAUUGAUGCUUAGGCAGUCCUAAACCAAUAUUAGCUGAGAUAUUGUUAAAGUAAACCAUCAUUAACAAAGAACAGAUGGAAAAAUUGGAUUCAAUUUACCCUCGAUGACAUAGGAUCAUUCAAUUAAAGAAGUAUUAACUUAUGUUGGCUGUUUUCAACGAAGUCAUAAUCUGGCUGUGUGGGUUAUCAAAGCUUUUGGAUUUCUUUUGAAGGGCUCAACUCAACGACUCAUAGACAGAUUACAGAUAACUAACAAUUUUUAACUUGAGCAGGUACCGUUGCUAGGUGGAGCAUUUUGUUUUUUCUUUAACCUAUUGAAUGGUGGUUGGAAUGAUAAUGUGUUAGACAGAUGCAAACAUUGGGUGUGAGAUGAAAUAACUUGUUCACUCCAAGGUAUCAACAAAUCAGGUAGAUGCUAAAUCAACAUUAUCACUUGAGCUACAACUUGUUCACUCCAAAUUUUGGGUCAUCAUAGUGUCUUUUGUAGAAUUUUAUCUACUAUAACGAGUAUUUUAUAUUAGUAAGUUGUACAACUUGUAUGAUUAGUUAGUUCUUCGUGUUGGUGUGCUGAUAACGAGUAUUUUACCUACUUUAUUUUUUAUUCUUAGAAAGCGUAGUUUCUUCUUUUUUUCCGAUUGUUUCUCAGUGGUCUGGUGAUGGUAUGCAUGUCUGUUUAAGUUUAAUAGUUGAUAGGAAAAGUGAUAACGGUACGGUUUCUUGCACAUGUCUGAGUUGGUUCUUAACGCUCUGUUGUGUUUGAAUUUUCAGAUCCGUACUUGAAUAUGGAUGCUGGUACCAUGUCUCCUUUUGAACAUGGGGAAGUUUUUGUUCUUGAUGAUGGCAGUGAGGUUGAUUUAGAUUUGGGAAACUAUGAAUGAUUCCUCGAUUUUAACGUUGACGAGAGAGAACAAUAUUACUACGGGAAAAAUUUAUCAGGCAUUUCAUACAUCACCAUUCCAUUGCACUAGCUGGCAACUGAAAAGAGGACAAUUAAAGAGAAAAGACAUGGAUCUUCUUUACGACAGAAGUGUUCGAACUAAGUUUCAAGGCCCUUGUGAAGGUACUCAUAGUUUUUGGUGUGCAUUAUGACAUCAAUUUUUUGUGAAAAGAUCAAUGACUGUGCAACUCAUUGAAAGAUUUUGCAAGAAUAUAUUGAAGUAAUGAAGUCAUGGUAGCACUCUCAUUAUGUUCAACUCUACUAUUCCCUUUGUAGGAUUGCGAUGUACCUUUACUACAUGUAGAUUUUUUUAAACACUUUACAAAAAAUGGUUAUUAGUCAAUCUUUUUGUACAAAUAUUAAAGUGUGAUAACUCAUUGGAGCAGUGAAACCAUAUUGGAGCUACUGAUUGAUUUAUAGGCCUUUUUGUAGGGUUGGUAGCAAAAUUUUGGUUGUAAUGUACUUAUUUUAAGGUUGUUGGUACCAAAAAGAUGUGCAUGUUUAUUCUAUCAUUGUAAACCAUUUACCAACAAUUGUACAAAUUACUAAGUGUAUGCUAAAGUAUAUAUAUCAAAGUGUUGGCUAUUUGUUUC